AUGACAAGAAAUCGCGUUAAAAUUGGGCAGUUGUGUUCUGCUUCAAGUGAAAUAACUCUUGAAAAGUGGGAAAAAACAACUCUGAGUUUUUUGGAUCUUUGGAAGAAAAGACACGGAAUUAGACAGGUCACGAUUACUGGGGAGAAGCUGUCAGCUGACAAUGAAGCAGCUGCCAAUUACUUACAAGAAUUUAAAGAUCUUGUUUUUUCUCAAAACUGCUCACCACAGCAAGUUUACAACGCAGGUGAAACCAGACUAAAUUUUAAGGCUUUUUCUAUCAAAAGUCUUGCUUCACAAGAAGAGAAAUCUGCCCCAGGGUUUAAAAUGGGCAAACAAUGUCUAACUGUCUUAGCUUGCAGCAGCGCCUCGGCAACAAACUAA